AUGCGUUUCCUACCCAUCCUCCUCGUUGCGGCCGUGGUCGGUAUUCAAGCUUCCCCCCUGGGGUGAGUCAUAGCUGCGCUCCUAAGAUAUCACGGUAUUUUAGGAUCUUGUUGUCGUAGGGUGCCUCUACUGAUCUGGCCAAAUCCAUCAUUUCAGCAUCAGCAGCUUGAAGAGGUUCAAGAAGCACGGCAAUUGCUCCGACCUCGAUCAGCGCUGCAAGUGAGCCAGUUCCUCGUUAUGCCGCAAAUCUGUCGAGUUUAAUCUGACGUUUCGGUUUCUUUACAGAGAUGCUAAAACAGAUUGCGACUUGAACUACGCGACCGAAGGCUUUACCAAGUGCGUAUACCUAAUUCAACCGAGCACGGCCUCGACGUCAGCUUAGUAACGGGGGACGUGCGAUCCUGACCCCCCCCCCCCCCCUUUUCUAUCUGCUCAUCUCGGCCGUGCCCGCGCCCCUCCCCACUCUCAGCUCGAGUAGCUGCAUCGAGGGCAGAUAUGGCGUGUACGCUGGGGAUGUGCCGGGAAGCGUUUGCGAUUGGGCUGUCGAUGCGCCUAAGUGCCGGCAUCGUUGCAUGAAAGGCAUAGUGGAUUGGUUAGUCUUCCGAGUUGGAGGGAUUGAGCGUGGCGACUCCGCAAGGCUACGCUUAAGCUUAGUUAGUUAACUAACUACGCCACCGCAAAUAGUUAA